UCCGGCGCCUCGCCAGCGCCUACGCCCCCGACCUCGCUGCUGCACUGCGCUACAGUGCGCCAUAGCAGUGCACUGCUGGCAGUGACCCGACACGACGUGCCGUGCGCCUGGCCCCAUCUGCUUUGCGACUCGCCCCACAGCAGCCAUGUCGGACGAUUCGCCGCUCGCGGGCGUGCGCAUGUUCGAUGCCUUUCCCAAGACGGCCCCCACGCACCGCCGCACCACGUCGCGCGGUGGCCUGGCCACGCUGCUCGUCGCCGCGCUCCUCGUGCUGCUCUGCAUCGGCGAGGUGCGCGAGUACAUCGGCGGCGCGCCGGCCUUUGCCUACGACGUGCAGCGCGAGAUUGGCAGCGACAUGCAGAUCAACCUCGACAUUACCGUGGCAAUGAAGUGUCACUAUCUCACGAUCGACGUGCGCGAUGCGGUCGGCGAUCGCCUGCACAUCACCGCGUCCGAGUUCAAGAAGGACGGCACGACCUUUGAGAUCGGAAACGCUGGGCGUCUCGACUCGCUGCCCUCGGCCGACCUCUCGCCGUCGCGCCGCAUCUCCGAGGGUGGCGCCUCGCCCUCGCGCGGCUGGUUCAGCAAGCGGCAGCCGUUUGCGCCGACGUACCACGUGGUUCCCGAUGGCCCCGCCUGCCGCAUCUACGGCAGCGCCGAGGUCAAGAAGGUCACGGGCAACCUGCACAUCACCACGCUCGGACACGGCUACUGGAGCUGGGAGCACACAGACCACAAGCUCAUGAAUCUCUCGCACGUCGUUCACGAAUUCAGCUUCGGGCCGUACUUCCCCGCCAUUGCGCAGCCGCUCGACGGCAGCGUGGAGGUGACGCACGAGCACUUCCAGAUCUAUCAGUACUUCCUGCAGAUCGUGCCCACGCGCUACGUUGACGCGUGGCGCCGGGCGCUGUCCACGAACCAGUACUCGGUGACGGACUACGCACGCGCCGUCGAGCACGGGCAGGGCGUGCCGGGUCUCUUCUUCAAGUACGACAUCGAGCCCAUCGUGCUGACGGUGCGCGAGCGCAGCGUGCCGCUGUGGCAGUUCCUCGUGCGCCUCGCCGGCAUUCUUGGCGGCGUGUGGACGGUGGCGGGCUUCAGCCUGCGCGUCGGCGAGCGCAUCGGCAAGGUCGGCUACGAGGCGCUCAACGGCAAAGAGGAGUCGCCAGAGCAGUACGCCCGCGCAUAUUCGUCGGCAUACGACGUCGGCUACGGCGCAGUGCCCUCGACUGUAUCGCAGCGCCCGCAGCGGCCCUCCGGCCCCACGCCAUACGGCUCCGUCCGCAGCACGAGCCAGAAGUGGAUGGAGCGCGGCUCAGAGGCCGUCGUGGGCGGUGCCAGAGAGGCGUGGAACGCAGCGAGCACGCUGAGCCUGCCGGGACAGGGGCACCGCAAGACGGAGAGUGUGCAGCAGCGCAUCUUUAGCGAGGAAGGGCGAGCGCCUUGGUAGACGUUCGAGACGCCCUCCGGUCUGUGCUCGAACCGAUGCUGCUACGCAAUGCCACGCCAGUGAUCAGACAUGGUGCGGCGAAGGCGCGAGAAGGAGCCGCGGCUCAUGGACUUCGGCGGCGACGGGGCGCGCAAGUCGGAGGUAAGUACAGCGCGACAGUACAAGAGGGUGUGCGCAGGAGGCCGCACAGCCGUACAGGAGGAGGAGACGAUGCGGCGAGACAGUGUGGAGAGACGGAACAAGAGAGCGACGGGGCGUGCCUCCGGCGAGGCACGGGAUAAGCGUGGCGGAGGAGCGGAGUGAGGCGUGAUGUCGAGAAGGCGUGACGGCGCAUGAAGCUCGUGUAUGCUGCAGCGAGGCCGACCAGCGG